GGAACAACAGGAAGUCCUAAAGGUGCCACCCUCUCCCACCACAACAUCGUCAACAACGCCUAUUUUGUGGGUCUACGUCUGGGAUUCAACUGGAAGCCUAUAAGAGCGUGUGUUCCUGUUCCCCUUUACCACUGCAUAGGCUCAGUGAUCGGAGGGAUGUGCAUGGCACUGCAUGGCAUCACCCUGGUCUUCCCCUCUGCUGGGUACGACAGCCGUGCCAACCUGGAGGCCAUUCAGAAUGAAAGGUGUAAUUUCCUCUACGGAACUCCUACCAUGUACAUUGACAUGCUUGGACAGCCUGACCUACACAACUAUGACCUGUCCUCAGUUGAAUCUGGGUUUACGGGUGGGUCUCUUUGUCCUCCGGAAGUCAUGAGGAAACUCAAAACUGAUAUGAAUGUCAAGGAUAUGAUAAUAGGCUAUGGGACCACAGAGAACAGCCCUGCGGCAUUUGUUGGUUACCCACGAGACAACGAGGAACUGAAGACUGAGACAGUGGGAUGUAUCCUGAACCACGCUGAGGCGAAGGUGGUGGAUGUGUCCUCUGGAGAGGUGGUUCCUCUGGGGGAUCCAGGAGAGCUGCUGAUCAGAGCUUACUCUGUUAUGCUGGAGUACUGGGAGGACCCAGACAAGACCAGUGAGGCUAUUGCCAAAGACCGCUGGUACAGAACCGGUGACAUAGCCAGUCUGGACAGGUUUGGGUACUGCCGUAUAGUGGGACGUAUAAAGGACAUGAUCAUACGUGGAGGAGAGAACAUCUACCCUGCUGAGAUAGAGAAGUUCCUUCACACCCAUCCCAACGUACAGGAGGCCCAGGUGAUUGGCGUGAGAGAUGAGAGGUUGGGGGAACAGGUGUGUGCCUGUAUCAGACUGAAGGAGGGCUUGGACUGCAGCAGAGAGGAGAUCAGAGACUUCUGCAAGGGACAGAUUUCUCACUUCAAGAUCCCCCACUAUGUGGUGUUUGUGGACAGCUAUCCACUGACUGCCUCUGGAAAGGUCCAGAAGAUCAAACUGAGGGAGGAGAUGGAGAAGACACUGGGUCUGUGAAGGACAGAGGGACCGAGACAGACUAUUGGUUCCAGCUGGAGAGAGAUUGGUUACAAAGGCUCUGUGUCUGUUACAGCAAUAUAUUGCUAUAUUUCAAUAAAACCAAGAGCAAAAAUAAAGUCUAAGCUCUGUUAUGUUU